CAAAUAGUUAUUAGUUAUAACAAUAAUCAAGAAGAUGGGAACUACGAAGGCGAUGAUCUUGCAAAUUUUAGUAGCUCUUCUCUUGCAUAGUGGAGUGAUUUAUAGCUAUGCUACAACUUACUAUAACUUCGAGGUGGUUGAAACACCAUACAGUAGGUUGUGCAGCAACAAGACUAUAAUGACUGUAAAUGGGCAAUUUCCAGGACCAACUAUAUAUGUAACUGAGGGAGAAACCAUUGUCGUCGUAGUCGCGAACAAAGCACGACAAAAUAUAACCAUCCAUUGGCAUGGGGUGAAGCAACCGAGAUAUCCAUGGUCAGAUGGGCCUGAGUACAUAACCCAGUGCCCUAUUCGACCCGGGACUAAUUUCAGUCAGAAGAUUGAAUUCUCUGAUGAAAUUGGGACUCUUUGGUGGCACGCACAUAGUGACUGGUCACGUGCCACGGUGCACGGAGCAGUGAUUAUACAUCCCAAGAAGAAGGAUAAUUAUCCUUUUCCAGUGCCUCAUGCUGAAAUUCCAAUCAUAUUAGGGGAGUGGUGGAAAAAUGAUGUUCAAGAAGUUCUUAGUGAAUUUCUUGAAAAUGGAGGGGAACCUAAUAUUUCUGAUGCUUUUCUUAUAAAUGGUCAGCCAGGUGACUUGUACCCUUGCUCAAGAAAAGAUACAUUAAAGAUUACCGUCGACCAUGGCAAGAGAUACCUAAUUCGGGUAAUCAACGCCGUGAUGAACACCAUCAUGUUCCUCAAAAUAGGCGGCCACAAUGUCACCGUCGUUGGCACUGACGGGGCUUACCUCAAACCCUUCACCUCCGACUACAUCGCCAUCUCCCCUGGCCAGACCAUCGACUUCCUACUCCUCGCCAACCAAAAAAGCCAAAACUACUACAUGGCCGUCGGGCCCUACUCCGUGGCCGGAACCUUCGACAACACCACCACCACCGCCCUACUCGAGUAUCGAACCACCCCCUCGACCCCUUCACCCUCAUCCCCACCGCUUCCCACCCUCCCCGAGUCCAACAACACCCUCGCCUCGGCCGACUUCACCCGAAAAUUGAAAACCCUAACCCUAGAAAACCGCCCAAUCAAUGUGCCCUUAAACCCUUCCACAAAACUCUUCUUCACUCUCUCAAUGAACACUCUCCCAUGCCCCAACUCCACCUGCUUAGGGCCAUUUGGGGAUAGGUUUUCCUCAAGCAUAAACAAUCUAACAUUCGACCAACCAAAUAUCUCAAUCCUAGAAGCUUAUUACAAAGGGAUCAAUGGCGUCUACCGCGGGGAUUUCCCGGGAAGGCCACCGCUUGCCUUCAACUACACUGAGGCCUCCGUCCCGAGGGAGCUGUGGGUCCCGGCCAAUGGGACGAAGGUGAGGUAUCUCGACUACAAUUCGACGGUGGAGAUCGUUUUUCAAGGGACAAACACCGUGACAGGAGUUGAUCAUCCGAUGCAUUUGCACGGGUAUAGCUUCUACGUUGUUGGUAGUGGAUUUGGGGAUUUCGAUGAGAAGACGGAUCCAGGGAGCUAUAAUCUUGUCGAUCCGCCAUUGAUGAACACCAUUGCAGUUCCGGUCAAUGGAUGGACUACUAUUAGGUUCCGGGCCGAUAAUCCAGGGGUUUGGCUGUUGCAUUGCCAUUUGGAGAGACAUCUAAGCUGGGGAAUGAUGAUGGUGUUCAUCACUAAAAAUGGGAAGAGCCCUUCUACUCAAAUGGAUCCUCCACCUCCAGAUUUCCCAAGAUGCUAAUUAAUGUGUGUGUGAAAGAGAGAAUAUAUACGUU